UUUUCCUUAAUGGUCGCUACGGUUGAUUCAUUGCGUUAUUAGUAAGAUUGCACUGAAAGUCUUGUGCGUAAUCGAAUGUGUAAAGCUAUACACAUUAUGAAAAAAAGUGUUGGAGUCGAUGGCGUACAAUAUAUUCUAAUUUUCUGUUUCCACUGGACGGCUGGCUGGACAGAAUGCAGACACAAAUGCACCGAAUAUUUAUGGACCCUCUGAGCAAAUAAAUUGAUUGAGCCUGUUAGUGAGCCAGUAAGAAAAAGGGUCAGUUUUAAACGUAAGCAAACGUUUCAAGACCUAGGACUAUCCAGCUGCGGUGUUGUUUCGUUUGAAAUGCGACAUUGAACGGAAGUGGUAGUGCUAUGGUGUACCAAUGGUGAACUUAAAGCUGCCUGUUUUACAAGUGUUUGUGAAUUUUCGGCCAGGCAAGAACGAAAAACUAGAACAUGCAUGAGCCUGUGGGUAGUGUUGAAUGUUGGUGUUUUACCCAUUAAACCGUUGAAAAAUAACAAUUCAUCUCUGUACAACAUCCGCUGUGCUCUGGAAUGUGAUGGUGCAAGUGGUGUAGAACAAUAGUUUAGUCAAGGUACACGGGCGGGGGUUGCAGCCAUGAAUCGAUACCUGACGCUAAGUCAGCUGGGAGACGGUACCUACGGUACCGUUGUCCUUGGCCAGCGGAAGGACACCGGCGAAAAGGUCGCCAUCAAGCGCAUGAAGCGGAAGUACUAUUCCUGGGAGGAAGCGAUGAGCCUGCGGGAGGUGAAGUCUCUGAAAAAGCUUUCCCACGCCAAUGUGGUAAAGCUCAAGGAGGUGAUACGGGAAAACGACGUGCUGUACUUUGUGUUUGAGUACAUGCAGGAGAACCUUUACCAGCUGAUAAAGGACCGUGAUACCCAUUUUCCGGAAGCGACCGUAAGACUGAUACUGCAGCAGAUUCUAACCGGGUUGGCGUUUAUGCACCGACACGGUUUCUUCCACCGGGACUUGAAACCAGAAAACGUGCUGUGCAGUGGUCCGGAAACGGUAAAAAUAGCCGACUUUGGAUUGGCUCGCGAGAUACGUUCGCGGCCUCCGUACACGGACUACGUUUCGACGAGAUGGUACCGAGCACCAGAAGUGCUCUUACACUCGACUCGGUACGGCAGUUCCAUAGAUCUUUGGGCAGUGGGAUGCAUCAUGGCGGAGUUAUACACGUUCCGACCACUAUUUCCUGGAUCCAGUGAAGUGGAUCAACUGUUUAAAAUAUGUUCCGUCCUAGGCACACCGGACAAGUCCGACUGGCCCGAUGGUCACAAGCUUGCUGCUACGAUACAGUUCCGAUUUCCGGAAUGCCCCAAAAUACCGCUGGCAACUUUGGUGACGCGUGCCAGUUCCUCUGGAAUACAACUAUUAGAAGAUUUGCUUCUGUGGGAACCGGAAAAGCGACCAACCGCUCAGCAAUCCAUGAGAUAUCCAUACUUUAGUUCGAUAAAAGCUCGUAACUCGGCAAACAUCGCAACGAAUGGUUUAACACAGCACAAUCAAUCACACAAUGGUAACAUAAACGGUGGUCCCGUGCUUGGCGUUCCAAAUGCACGAGUAUCUAUUGUAGAACUAGCUACCAACACGAAGCAUACGCGUGAGGCGAAUGGGAGUAAUGGACAUUUCAAUCCAAUUAGCCAUAACGAGCUGAACGAUCUAAACUCAACGCUAAGCCUAUCACGCGUGUCCGAAACGUCUGUCGAACGGACGUCUCACCAAACGCAACUGACUCAGGCCAGUCAGCAAGCGUACACCGAGGAUGAGAAGGAAACUGCUAAGCUUCAGAGUGGUAUAAACUAUAGCUUGCUGAACGACAUGCUUAAUGGUUACAGUGUUGGAAUUGGAUCUGCAGCUCAACAGAACGGACAGGGAUUGACUAAGGUACUUCGAAACGGCCAAUCGAGUACGUUCAUCAAGUCUAACGCUUCCUACGACACCAAUAAUGUUGCAAGCGAGAUGGACAAGGCUACUAAUCCCGGAUCCGUUGUCAGUUAUGCUAUCAUUAAGCCCGCCGUAGUGCGAAUUGAUGAUAAUCGACUAGCGGACGCACCCAUAAAGCCAGCGGAUGGUAUCGGAAUCGGUGGUAGAAAAGAAAAGGUGAACGAUAUAUUCGUUACACGAAACAAUGACUAUCAGCAGGAUCAGAGUGGAAAUGGUAUCACGAAGGUGGUAGGGCAACGCACUUUUCCGAUCAUUGACAGUGACGAUUCGAGUUACUUCGGAAGCGGUUUCUAUUUGCAUAAGAAAACCUCUGGACAGGUGUUGAAAAAUGGAACAUCGGCCGUAAGCAUUGGAGGUGGGAGUGACGGUGGAGGUGUCGGACUUGGCCGAAGAGCUGUUGGUAGCGGAGUAUACAAUGGUAGCUUUCUUAACGACGGCAAGGCAUACAAUGCAUUUUCAAAACAACCGAUGCUAAUGACGCGGAAGACGGACGAAGACUUGAAGGUGUACCGUAACCGAAAUGGACCCAUGGAUCGUGCAAUCCACGGCCAUUUUAGCAAAAGCUGGGAGCCAUCACAACAUCUAAGCGAGAGGCAGGAAGAUGACUCGUUAGAAGAAAUUUUAGGAAGUCGAAUAAAAGCAUCUAAAAAACCUGCACACGAUUUCAAGCUGGAGGAUCUUUUUGGAACGCUAUCGUUUAGCAAAGAUUCAACUGCUUCUAAAUAUCCGAAUACCGUCCCGUUUGCCAAGAGCUCUACCAAAACGAUCGGACCCAGUGGUGGGAUGGCUGACAUUUUCGACAACUCAGAUACUAAACCUUCCCAUUCUAGUGCAAAUGUGGUGCCACGGCGCAAAAAUCAGCAGCAAGUAUUCGUAUCAGAUACCAGUAACCUUAGCUCCGACAAAUACAACGGUAUUAAUGCAUCAUUCAAGCUGUUCCCUUGGGAUGACAUACCGAAGAAUGGUGUAGAAAAGAAACAAUGGAUACCCGAUGGAGGGGUGUUGGCAUACCUUGGUACCGGUAACGAACACACAGGACGAACGGACUGGGCCGCCAAGUACCUGAGCAAAUAAGACAUGUCUCCAGUUGCACGUCUCAUAGCAUUAUAAGAUUCGUUCUUGUUCUGUCUAGCAACCUAUCUGUGAUAGAUCAACGUAACUUUAGACAAUUUUGGUAGUUGUUAUGUUUGAGUUGUAUUAAUGAAGUUAUAAAUGAACGCCUUGUACAAAUAUAUGAUACACGAUAUCUUCAGUUCGCUGAUUGUAAU